AUGCCCGAACCGAAUAGGCCUGAUCCAGCUGGCCUUUCCAGGUCUGAAGUACAAACCGAUGGCAAGGAUCUCUCUGGACACCACAGGGAUGUGGAGGCGAGAGUGAAGUCUUGGAGCACACAGAUGAUACUUCAAGUCCUGAUUCUGCCACUUGCUCAGUGGGUGACCUUGGAUGAAUGGAAAAAACGAUGGGUGCAGUCUAAACACCAGCCGGAUUAUGGUAAAUUUCAGCUCACUGCAGGAAAAUUUUAUGGAGACAAAGGAAAAGUUAAAGGUCUCCAAACCAGUGAAUAUGCCAAGUUGUAUGCCUUCUCAACCAGGUUGACAUUCAGCAAUGAGAAUGAGACCUUGGUGGUUCAGUUUUCAGUAAAACAUGAGCAAAGCAUCGAUUGUGGUGGCAGAUAUGUAAAACUCUUUCCUGCCACCCUGAACCAGGAGGAUAUGCACUCAGGAUCCGAGUAUUACAUCAUGUUUGGCCCUGACAUUUGUGGCUUUGGCAACAACAAAGUACAGGUCAUCCUUCAUUACCGAGGGAAAUACCAUGAGAACAAGACCAUCAAGUACAGGGUCAAUAAAGACACUCACCUGUACACUCUGAUUAUUUGCCCCAAUGCUACUUAUGAGGUUAAAAUUGACAACCAGCAGGUGGCAGCUGGGGAUCUGGAGGAGGACUGGGACUUCUUGCCUCCCAGGAAAAUAAGACCCUAUGCCCAGAAACCAAGGAAAUGGGAUGAAUGCCUGCACAUAGAGGAUCUGGAAGACAAGAAACCUGAGAUCAGAGGGCGUUUGGCUGGGAAGCAGGACUGGGAAGACUUUGAAUAUAUCCUGGAUCCAGAAGCCCAGAAGCCAGACAACUGGAAUGAGGCUAUGGAUGGGGAGUGGGAAAGGCCUCUUAUACCAAACCCAAAGUAUAAGAUGAGGGGGGGACAACGGAAACCUCGGAUCAUUGACAAUCCCAAUUACCAGGGGGAGUGGAUGCAUCCCAAAAUAGACAACCCUAAAUGUAAGUCUGAUGCCACCAUUUGUCACUAUUAUAACAUUAGUGUUCUCGGCCUGGACCUUUGGCAGGUAAAAUCGGGCAGCAUCUCUGACAAUUUCCUUCUUACAAAUGAUGAAGAGUUUGCUCAAAAAGUUGGAAAUAAGACCUGGGGAAUAAGGAAGGUGAUGAAGAAGCAAUGGAGAAAACUGUAUAAAGAAAUUGAAAAAAGAGAGCAGGCAGAAGAGGCCAAGAAGAAAAAGGAAAUGGAGGAAGAAAAGGAAGAUGGCAUUUGGGGAACUGAAGAAGAGGGAAAUGAAUUGGAUCCCACUACAGAGCCAGGAAAUGACAGGCAGAUGCAGGAACAUGAUGCUGACAGAGCGUUUCUGGGUAAAAAUGAAGAAGUACUUGUUGACUAGAAGGGUGAACUGUAACUGGGAUUGUGGAGGUAAACGUUAGGAGGAGAAAUAUUCAUGAGGUUGGUACAAUUUGGGGAGCAAAAUAACUUACUUUUUUGAAAUAAACUUUGGAUUUGUAUUUCCAUCCCACUCUCUUUGCUCUGUGUGACCUGGGAAAAGUCACACUGCCUCUUGGGGCUUCUAUUUCCUUAGUGGAAAGGGAGUGAUCAUUUCUCUUCUAUGAGGUUGUAGGGAUUAAAUGAACUAAUGUAUAUAAAAUGACUGAUACAAAUAGGUAGUCAAAAAUGG